GAUUGCAUAUUUCCUUUCAUUCUACUGGUCCUCAGGGCUUCCCUCCUGUUGCCCCCACCAAUACCUGAUCACGUUCCCCUUUUGCCCUCAUCCUCCCCUCUCCCACAUAGGUCCCUCCCUCCCUCUGCCCCCUCUCUUGCAUUCUUCUCCCUCCCAAGUGGUAUUGAAACAUACUCACUUGAGCCAUUCAGCUUGUAAACCGUCUUGAGUCCUGUGGAUUGUAUCCUGGGUAUUCAGUAUUUCUUGACUAAUAUCAACUUAUUAGUAAAGACAUAUCAUCCAUGUCUUUUUGAGUCUGAGUUACCUCACUCAGGAUGAUACUUUCUAGGUCCAUCCACUUGCCUGCAAAAGUCAUGAUGUCCUCAUUCUUAAUAGCUCAAUAGUAUUCUAUUGUGUAAAUGAACCACAUUUUCUGUGUCCAUUCUUCUAUUAUGGGACAGCUGGGUUGUUUCCAGCUUCUGACUAUCACAGGUAAGGCUGCUAUGAACACAGUGAACACUGUGGUAUGGUGGGUCAUCUUUUGGAUAUAUGCCCAAGAGUGGUAUAGCUGUGUCUUCAGGAUGAUAUAUUUCCAGUUUUCUGAGGAACCUCCAGAUUGAUUUCCAGAGUGGUUGUAUCAGUUUGCAAUCCCACCAGGAAUGGAGGAGUGUUCCUUUCUCCACAUCCUCACCAACAUGUGCUGUCACCUGAAGUUUUGAUCUUAGCCAUUCUGAUUGGUGUAAGAUAGAAUCUUGGUGUUGAUUUGAUUUGAAUUUCCCUGAUCACUAAGGACUUUGAACAUUUCUUUAAGUGCUUCUCGGCCAUUCCAGAUUCCUUUAUUGUAAAUUCAUUGUUUAGCUCUAUAUCCCAUUUUUGAUUAGGUUGUUUUGGUUUUUUAGAGGUUAGCUCCUACCAUGGGAAAGCAUCAGAAAGGCUAACUUUUCAGUUGUUCUCUGUUUCCAACUUCACUGUACAUAUUAUGAAACUCUCUGAAUGGUUCCUUUGAAUGAAGCCUUUUUCUACAACCAUGAGGUGAGGUCUAAUUCAACCCCUUGUGCCUCCUGAUGGCAAAGAGGAGGUGGGAGAAAUAUGGGAAACCAUUUCAUAAUCAAAAUCAGCAAAAGUCUUUCUUGAAGAAGCUUUUUCUCACAUCCAACUUCUAAUUAUUUCAUUACUUGGUAUACAUAAGCAUUUAUGGACUCAUUAGUCACCACAAGUCCAGUUGGAUUUUUCCAUUCACUUUCUAUGGAGGUCUUAUAUGAUAAUUAUAUGAUACAUAUAUGAUACCCUCACACUGAAAUACCAUAUGUACUGUUUAAGGCAUUGGCCAAAAUAAAUAAAACAUUUAAAGUAAAAAUCCUAUAACAUUACAACAAGCACAUAAUACUGAGAGUCUAAUAAAUGUAAAACAUUUGAUAUUCUAGAACUACUGUGAUGAACAGGAGACAACUUUUCCUUUAAAGAAAAUACUGUCUAAAGGCCAAAACAGAUACACCCAGGAACAAGAAAGGAUUCACAAAAUGGAAUGCAAUUGGGAAGCAUUCCUUCCUAACAUCCUUGAAGACCUUACAGAGGAAGAGAUGGGAAAGUUUAAAUACCAACUGAAAAAUAUAACUCUUGCUAAAGACUACAGCCACAUUAAACGAGGUACUCUGCAGAAGGCUAACACCGCAGCAUUACUUGCUGAAACACUGAUCCAGCACUAUGGAGAGGAAUACUCCAAGACUGUGACCCAUGAUGUUCUGAUAGCCAUAAACCAACGAAAUCUGGCAGAAAUGAUCAUUUCAAAAAUGGUAAAAUCUGAAACAUCCAUGGGAAAGUCUGGGAAAAAGCCAAACAAGAGAAAACAAGACAAUGAAACAAAACCAGAUGAAGCUAAAUUGUCAAAGAAGAUUCAGAAUUUAAUUUUUUCAAUGAAACCCAGCGGAUCUACUACUCAUUGGGCAAAACCUCAAACAAUCAACGAUACAGAAGAAACAAAUAAAAAUCAAUGCUUUAACGACUUGAUCCAGCGGCUUAAUCUAGAAUGUUAUUAUGCCAAGAAGAUGACCAAAGUCCAUUUUCUUUUGAUAAAGAAGAUCUCCUUCCUUGACAUUCAACCUACAGCUGAGCGGGAGCUACCAUAUUGUUUUCUGGAGAAGCUAUUGGCAUUGGAUUAUAAUUUAAGAUUCCUUGUUUACAGAAAGACAAUUUCUAAUCUGUCCCAGGCAGUAACUAUAGAGUCAGAAAGAAAUUUGUCAAAGUUUGAAGGUUUUUUCAUGAUUAAGGAAGGACAUUCAGCUCCAAUACCAACUUGCAUUCACCCAAUGGACAUCCAAAUGGCAAUUUUCCACUGUGCUGAUGACUUCACAAGACAGUUUAUCUUAACCAAACUUUCCAUUUGUCAAUUUGCUCUCCCAUUUUUGGUGCCAAAUCCACACAGUUCCCAAGUUGAAAUCCCUCUUUGGUCUCUUGGACAAAUCAGAAAAAGCUGGAAGGAGGUGGAAAAGUUAGGUUGGGAGACAAAAAUUAAAAAUUAUGAUAACCAACCAAUUAGCUUACAGCCUACACACAUUGUAUCAUUCAUAAGAAUUGGAAAUUUUGUCUCUACAUCUAAGUCACAGAUUCUGAAUUUCCUCCUGAGUAAGGGCAAACAUGACCAUUUUUUUCAUAAUUAUUUUGGGAAAAACAACAAAAACUGUCUGUUAAUGGCAGGAAUGGUGGAAAUAUGCUGGUUCUGUCCAGGUGGGAGAGCUGAGGACAGAUUUGAAAACUGCAUUGCCUUCACCAAUCUCCAUGGAAAUGCUGAAAUACAUGAAAAGCAAGCUAAGUUCUUGCAUGAGGUCUCCUCUGUCACUGUACUCCUCCUGUCAGCUUCAGAAAAUGGUUCAGGAAGUGCUAAAAUGAACACAUCUACUUUACAUAAAUUUUGGAAUCCACACAAACCUCUCAUUUGUCUGUUUGAAAAUGUAGAAAAUAUUCUGGAUGAGAAGUAUGCUCCAAACAAGGUAAGAAUUGGCAUCAAAAAUCUAAACAAGGUAGAAUUAGCUGAUAAAAUCACAGCUACAUUAGCACAGCUACUGAAAGAGUCUGCAUCCCCAUGCAGUUUGAAUAACUGUGCCAACAUUGCUAGGAAUUAUGGAUUCAUCAUUGAUGAAGACCAGAGACACUUGAAGGAAGCAGGAAGAAAAGCAAACAGCAUUGUAGAUCUCUUAAGAAAAGUGAAAUUAUCUCAGAUUAAAGAAAACCUACUGCCUCUUCAGGGACAGCUAUGGCAUGAUUGGUGCAAGAAGGACCAGGAAUUCUACCAACUUAGAGAAAAGGGGAACAAGAAUAUUGAACAGUACAAGAAUGAAAUUGAAAAGGAAAAGCAGAAUAUACGUUGGGAACAAUAUCACAAAGUAGUUCAUCUUAAUGGCCUGAUGGAGUCAUUCCUUCAAAGUCUCCAGUCACACCCAGAAACUCACACUGAGCUCUACUUUCUACAGAGACUGAGUCUGUUAAUAGAGGAACUAACCAAGACAGACUUAGAAAACCUCCACCAGAGGCACCAUUUUCUGCUGACUCAGGUGCAAACAGAGAAGCUGAAGCAAUCAAAGACAGGCUCCAUCAGACGCUGGGAGGCUGAUCUAGAAGCUAUUUCCAGAGAAAUCUGUGAUUCUACCCUGGCACCUGAGCAUCUUCUGAGGGAGUUAGGCCAGAUAUAUGAAGCUCUAGAAGAAACUUCUUCCCAAACAAAUCCACUGUAUCUGUCUGUUCCCCAAAUAGCUGCUGAUCUGAUGGUAUCUGGAGUCCCUAUUGAGCUGAUGGAUGGGGAUGCUUCUUAUGUGCCCUUGAAGUGGGUAGCAGCUGUUUUUGACAAGGUCUCUGAGAAACUCGGAGACAAAAAGGUAUUUGUUCUCUCAGUCCUUGGCCUGCAGAACUCAGGGAAGUCCACUCUGCUGCAUGCCAUGUUCGGGCUGCAGUUCAGCCUCGGUACUAGGAAGUAUAACCAAGGGGCCUACAUGCAGCUCCUGAAGGUAGAAGAGAUAUUCAGAGAAGAGGUGGGCUUUGACUUUUUGCUUGUUGUAGACUCAGAAGGCCUAAAGGCUCUACAGCCCAUGAACAAAGCACGGAGUAAGGAAAAUGAGCUGGCAACUUUUAUCACUGCACUUGGGAAUUUAACUCUAGUCAAUAUUUGGGGACCAAACCUAUCAGAAAUACAAGAUGUCCUGCAAAUAGCUGUUCAUGCCUUUCUCAGGAUGAAACAACUGAAUACCACCCCAGGUUGCCUAUUUGUUCAUCAGAACACAGAAGAAACCAUAGAUACAAAUCAAAGUUUGGCCAAGCGACAGCAGCUACAAGAGAAAUUGGAUGGAAUGGCACUUGCUGCAGCUCGAUGUGAACAGUGCUCAGAUGUACACUGUUUCAGUGACGUCAUUAAGUUUGACAUCAGAACCCACAUCCAUUAUUUUGCUCAUCUGUGGGAAGGUUAUCCCCCAAUGGCCCCUCCCAAUCCCUGCUAUAGCCAUAAUGUCCAGCAGCUAAAAAGCAGGAUUCUUAAGUUUGCCAAGGAAGAAUCCAAAGAAAGUAUUCUGAAGAUAUCAGAAUUUAAAGUUCGAAUAUGGGAUUUAUGGAAGGCCUUGGUGAAGGAGAACUUCAUCUUCAGAUUCAAGAAUACCCAGGAAGUUGUGGCUGUGGCUAAACUGGAGACCACAUACAAUGCUUGGACCUGGGAACUGAGAAACUAUGUGCUGGACUUGCAGAAUCAGCUAAUCAAACAGAUUUGGAAUGAGUUAGCUCAGGAGAUCCCAAGAAGUUCAGUUGAAUGUCAAGUUGUAAGAAAAUAUGAAGCCAUUAAGCAAGAACUUGAAAAAUAUUUUCGAGAAGACCAAGAUAGAGAUACAUUGGCUCCAUGGAGAAGAAAAUUUGAAGAUGAUUUAAAGACUCUUAAAAAGGAACUUGUGGUUGAAACCAUCAGAAAAUGUGAGGAUGUAAUAAAUGGAAAGAAGAUUCAAGACCUUAUAAAGGUGCAAAAAGGAAAAAUUGAGCAUAAGUUACAAGAAAAAUUCAGAGAACUCUCCAUGUCUGGCAAGAGCACCGUGUUACAUGAGAAGGAACUAAGAGAUAUGUUCCACAAAAUCUGGUCAGAGAAUAUCUCCACUGUGCUGCCUCCCUCACUCCCAAUUGCUGAUGAUCCUAAUGUUGAUGUUGACCUUGAGAACAUUCUUCUGGAGCAUUUUAAACAGCAGCCUCACAUUGUCAGUAAAAUCAGAUACCGUGAUACAAAGAAACCAUUUUCUAUCAACUAUUCCAAACAUGUUAUUACUUCUCAAAAAUCACAAGUAAAUGCACCUUCUGUGGAGGAUUUUGAAAAAGACAUCAUAAUGAAUACAACCACUCAAAUUAUGAAAGUAGUUAAGGAAACCAUAAAUAUAAGAGAACAGAGCAGCCAAGGGUACAGCUCUAGUUACUUCCAUGAAAUUCUCCAAGUGAUUGACACUCAGACAGCAGCUGCAACUCAAGGACUGACAUUUGUGCUAAGCAAUAGAUACAAACUAGAGCUUGCCCUAGAGCUAUUUCAAGAGGCAGCAAGCAGUUUUAAAAGGAUGUGUGCUGCAUUCAAAAGGGCAAAUAACCCUGUCCUGUAUCUAGAGGGCCAAAAAGAGGAAAUUUUUAAUAAUUUUAAAUUAUCCUGCCAAAACUGCUCAAACAUCCAUUGAUUUCCCCAAUGCAGAAUUUCUCUUGCAUUAAUACAGUGAAGUAGUAUAAAUAUUCAAAACACUUGAGAGUUCCUUGUCAGUUUUCUUGUCAUCUGUUGCAUUCUCUUCUGUGGUGAGCAUUUUUGUAUCUCAGACAAUUACAUCCAACCAAUUAAACAGAGAUUGGAUUUUUUUCCUAGGAGUUUAGAAUCAUCCUAUAAGUAUUCUCCAAACUACUAUUUUACCAAAAGUUCCAGUUAAGAGUUUAUUAAAAUAUACAAAAUAUGCUACUCAGUUUUUCAAUUAAGCAUUAUAUCAAGCAAUACGAAAGUAUAGGGCAAAUAUAAAUCAUAAUAAAAGCAAAGAGGCAGCAAAGACGGCUCAGAAGUUAAGAAGACCCAAGAUCAGUUCCUACAACUCAUAUCAUGUAGCAUAAAACCACCUGUAAUUUCUACUGCAGAAGAUCCAAUGCACUCUUCUGGCCUCCACAGGGGCACACACACAUACACACACACACACACACACACACACACACACACACACACACACACACGCAUACACAUACACAUACACAUAGACACACACACUCAAAAAAAUAGUAAAUCUGAAACCUUUGAAAUUCUAAACCUUGUGUGGUGGUCCACCCCGUUAAUACUAGCACUUAGGAGUCGGAGGGAAGCAACUCUGAGUUCAACACCAGCCUGUUCUACAUAGCAAAUUCCAGGACAGCCAGAGUUACAUAAAGAGAUUCUGUCAAUAAAUAAAUAAAUAAAUAAAUAAAUAAAUAAAUAAAUAAAUGUAAACUUAGUUUAAUCUUAAAUUAAUUCUUUCCAAUAGGAGAGAAUGGGCCUAACCGUAUUAGAGACUUGAUGUACCAGGGUAGGUGGAUACUCUGUGGGGCUUUCACCCUCUCAGAGGACAAGAGAGAGGUGAAUAGAUGGAGGGGCUGUGUGAGGGAGACCAAGAAGAGGGAGUCAGUGAUUAGAACAUAAAGUGAAUAAAUAAAUUAAUUAAUGAAAAAAUAAAAUUUAAAAACUAUUUGGGUUUUUUUAACUAAAAAUUUGUAACUAUGCAUGUAUAGAACUACUUUUUUCUCGUUUUACUUAAGCCUCAGUUAAAACCCUGCUAUGAGGCAGGGAUUUGGGUAGGGCUGGAGUUAAAGAACAAUAAAGGACAUAGUUUCUGGGUGUUACCCAAAGCCAAGGACAGCUCAACUAAUAAAACUCUUGUGUUAUACUUUACUGCCA